CACACUCCCACUUGGAAUCUCACAAGGUCCGCCCCGGGGCUUGCUGACUGAAUCCUCGUUCUCCCGGGGCCGAGCAGCCGCAGGGCCACUCCAGCUGACGUCCUUCGUGGACGUCCCCGAGCCCUUCCCUUUUGGGCCUUUCCCCGGGGCGCCCACGGCGGGGACCCUGACGGCUUGAGCUCUGAGGGAGAUGCAAGGUUCCCUCAAGCCCCGAGCCGGCCUCACGAUCCGAGGCCCGGCAUCGUAACUGCCUCGGUGUGAAAAUUCAUUUCGUGACGAAGCAGCUUCGGGUUUCGGUCAAAAAACUCAAAUUGUGGCGUCACAUCCACGCCUCUCUAAAUCCACCGCUGAGGUGGGAAGAACACCUUCCCGCGUCCAUCUCUGAGCUCGGCAGAAGCCCGAUCUCUCUCCGCGGGCACCCGCGGGCGGUUGCAGCUCAGGCUGGAACUACGAGACCCAGAAUCCCCGUGCGCAUGCGUGUUGCUAUUGUGAUGCUCCUUUCCCGGUAACUCGCCCUCUCAGGCAAACGUGAAGAUAGCGGCAAUUCUCCGGUGAGGGGCGGAGACGCUCUGCGCCCGAUUCUCCGCCCCCUCCGUGAUAGGCAAUGGAAACAGCCAACCGUCGCUGCGGGUUCGGAACGCACUCUCCAAUCAGCACCUGCGGUGGAGAGGCUGUUAGCAUAUUAGCAGGAAAUAGGAUCAGACAUUGAGAAGCUAGGACAUGAAUUGGAACCUGUGUGGGCUGUUGGCAUUGCACAUGGUGCCUUAGCUUGCCACACCACAGUCCCGGCCUCUGACAAGAACAUUUUUUGUGUGGGUUUGUCAGAAGUUCUUUGAGACGAUGCUGUUGACUUUGGCCAAUUGGAGAAUGCAGCCAUCUGACUCACCUAUCCUGCGAGUGGUCCCACAGAUAGUGUUAAAUGGAAGCCACCUUUGGGAGCUGGAUGCCUGUGUAGCUGUUCUGCCACAUCAGUGUAUUGCAAUGAGUGGGGGAGGAGAACAGCCAGAUAUCCUCAGUGUUGGAAUCUUAGUCAAAGAGAGAUGGAAAGUGUUGAGAAAGAUUGGGGGCGGUGGUUUUGGAGAAAUUUACGAUGCUCUGGAUAUGCUCACCAGGGAAAAUGUUGCACUGAAGGUGGAGUCGGCUCAACAGCCAAAACAAGUUCUGAAAAUGGAGGUUGCUGUUCUGAAAAAACUACAAGGGAAAGACCAUGUUUGUAGAUUUGUUGGCUGUGGAAGGAAUGAUCGAUUCAACUAUGUGGUCAUGCAGUUACAGGGUCGUAAUCUGGCAGAUCUUCGCCGUAGCCAGGUCCGUGGCACAUUCACCAUUGGCACUACUCUUCGGUUGGGAAGACAGAUACUGGAGUCUAUUGAAAGCAUUCAUUCUGUGGGAUUCUUACACCGAGACAUCAAACCGUCAAACUUCGCCAUGGGUCGCUUUCCUAGUACAUGCAGGAAAUGUUACAUGCUUGAUUUUGGCUUGGCUCGACAAUUUACCAAUUCCUGUGGUGACGUCAGAUCCCCUCGAGCUAUGGCAGGUUUUCGAGGGACAGUUCGUUAUGCAUCAAUCAAUGCUCAUCGGAACAGGGAAAUGGGAAGACACGAUGAUCUUUGGUCUUUAUUCUACAUGUUGGUGGAGUUUGUGGUUGGUCAGCUGCCUUGGAGAAAGAUAAAGGACAAGGAGCAAGUAGGCUCUAUUAAGGAGAGGUAUGACCAUAGACUCAUGUUGAAACAUCUCCCUCCAGAAUUCAGCGUCUUUCUGGACCAUAUCUCUUCUUUGGAUUAUUUUACAAAGCCUGACUACCAGCUUCUUACAUCUGUGUUCGACAAUAGCAUCAAGACCUUUGGAGUAAUUGAGAGUGACCCUUUCGACUGGGAAAAGACUGGAACUGAUGGCUCCCUAACAACCACCACUACUUCCACCACUCCUCAGUUGCACACCCGUUUGACUCCUGCUGCAAUUGGAAUUGCCAAUGCGACUCCCAUCCCAGGAGACUUGCUUCGAGAAAAUACUGAUGAGGUAUUUCCAGAUGAGCAGCUUAGUGAUGGGGAGAAUGGUAUCCCUGUUGGUGUGUCACCAGACAAGUUACCUGGAUCCCUGGGGCACCCUCGUCCCCAAGAAAAGGAUGUCUGGGAGGAGAUGGAUGCCAACAAAAACAAGAUAAAGCUUGGAAUUUGUAAGGCUGCUACUGAAGAGGAGAAUAGUCAUGGCCAAGCAAAUGGUAUGCUCAAUGCUCCAAGCCUUGGUUCACCAAUCCGUGUCCGCUCUGAGAUCGCCCAGCCAGACAGAGAUGUUCCACUCGUGAGGAAGUUACGUUCCAUCCACAGCUUUGAGUUGGAAAAACGUCUGACGCUGGAGCCAAAGCCAGAUACUGACAAGUUUCUUGAGACCUGCUUGGAGAGAAUGCAGAAAGAUUCCAGCGCAGGAAAGGAAUCUGUUCUCCCUGCUCUGCAUCACAAACCUGGUGUUCCUGUCGUGUCCCGUGGUGAUCACAUCUGGCACUAUGAUGAAGAGUAUCUUCCUGAUGCUUCCAAGCCUGCUUCUGCCAACACCCCGGAGCAGGCAGAUGGUGGUGGCAGCAAUGGGUUUAUAGCUGUGAACCUGAGCUCUUGCAAGCAGGAGGUUGAUUCCAAAGAUUGGGUGAUUGUGGACAAGGAGAAGGACCUUCAGGAUUUUAGGACAAAUGAGGCUAUAGGCCAUAAAACAACUGGAAGCCCUUCCGAUGAGGAGCCUGAAGUGCUUCAAGUCCUGGAGGACUCGCCUCAAGAUGAAAAACUCCGAUUAGGGCCCUGGGCAGAAAAUGAUCACCUAAAGAAGGAAACCUCAGAUGUAGUGUUAGCAUUGUCCUCCGAGCAUCCUGCCACUGCUGCUGCAGAACAGUACACUGAUAGGCUGGAACUCCAUGUUGGAGCUACUGGUCAGUUUCUUGCGGCAACACCCACAAGUCCAAUGGAAGCUCAAGCAGAAGGACCCCUCACAGCGAUUACAAUUCCUAGACCUUCUGUAGCAUCUACACAGUCAACUUCAGGAAGCUUUCAUUGUGGUCAACAGCCAGAGAAGAAAGAUCUUCAGCCUAUGGAACCCACUGUAGAACUUUACUCUCCGAAGGAGAAUUUCUCUGGCUUGGUUGUGACAGAAGGUGAACCUCCUAGUGGAGGAAGCAGAACGGAUUUGGGGAUUCAAAUAGAUCACAUUGGUCAUGACUUGUUACCCAAUAUUGUAGAGAGUGACAGAUCUCAAGACCUGGGACCAAAAGAUCUUCCUGACCAAAACAGACUAAAUGUGAGAGAGUUUGAGAAUCUUCCUGGAGAAACUGAGGAGAAAAGUAUUCUAGGGUCAGACAAUGAAGAUGAGAAAUUAAGUAAAGGGCAGCAUUGUAUUGCCAUCUCUUCUCUCCCAGGAGAUUUGGUAACCAUGGAAAGGGAUCAUUCAACUACUACUGAACCUCUUGAUGUGGCCAAGACACAGACUUUUAGUGUAGUGCCAAAUCAAGACAAAAAUCAUGAGAUAAUGAAGCUGCUGGCAAUUGGAACUUCAGAAACUUCUCCAACAGUCAUUGACCCACAUAUUGAAGGACAGAUAGGCCAGAUGGCAACCGGGCAUAAAAAUAAAAUAGGCAAGGAAGAUGAUAUCAAGAGUGAAGACUUGCUGGGUCAUCAAGGAGACCUCUCUUCUUUAUUGCAUCAGGAUGGUAAAAGAGAGAAAAUUGCCCCUAGAAAUGGAGAACUAUUUCCUUGUGCUUCAGAGAAUGAGCAUGGUCCUUCAACCCGGAAGGAUGUUGUUAGGUCAUCCUUUGUAACUAGACAUAGCAGAAUCCCUGUCUUAGCACAAGAGAUAGAUUCAAGUUUUGAAUCUUCCUCUCCAGUCUCUGCAAAAGAAAAGCUCCUCCAAAAGAAAGCUUAUCAACCAGACCUGGUCAAGCUUCUGGUGGAAAAAAGGCAAUUCAGGUCUUUCCUUGGUGACCUCUCAAGUGCCUCUGAGAAACUGCUCGAGGAGAAACUAGCCACCAUUCCCACUGCCUUUCCUGAGGAGGAAGUCUUCACUCCCUUUUCAAGACUGGCAACAGAUUCUCACCUGAGUAGGUCAGCUGAAGACAGCUUUCUAUCACCCAUGGUCUCCCAGUGCAGAAAGAGCAAAAUCCCAAGGCCAGUUUCAUGGGUCAACACAGAUCAUGUCAGUAGCUCCACUUCAUCUCAGUUCCUGCCUCGGCCACCACCAGGAAAACCACCCUCAAGGCCUGGAGUGGAAGCCAGGCUGCGCAGGUACAGAGUCCUAGGGAGUAGUAACUCAGACUCGGACCUUUUCUCCCGCCUGGCCCAAAUUCUUCAAAAUGGAUCUCAGAAACCCCGGAGCACCACCCAGUGCAAGAGUCCAGGAUCUCCUCACAAUCCAAAAACGCCACCCAAGAGUCCAGUUGUCCCACAUAGGAGUCCCAGUGCCUCUCCUCGAAGCUCAUCCUUGCCUCGCACGUCAAGUUCCUCACCAUCUCGGGCUGGACGGCCCCACCACGACCAGAGGAGUUCAUCCCCACAUCUGGGGAGAAGCAAGUCACCCCCUAGCCACUCAGGAUCAUCCUCCUCCAGGAGGUCCUGCCAACAGGAACAUUACAAACCCAGCAAGAAUGGCCUAAAAGGAUCCGGCAACCUCCACCACCACUCGGCCAGCACAAAAACCCCUCCAGGAAAGAGUAAGCCAGCCAGUAAACUCAGCAGAUAGGAACCGGGCUGUGGCUCUCGGAAAGGUGUGAGAUGUUUCUCCUAAGCCUGAUGCAUGUGUGUCCCUGUACUGUCUGUUUAAAAAAUCAGUGUUGAUCUUCUCUUGCAAAAGAAAGUACCAUGACCGGUUAUUCAUGAUGAAGGCAGAAAAUGCAAGGAAUGACCUGCGCACCACAGGCCACAAGCAGAUCAGCAAUCCAUGCCUCUGUGCACCAGGGACUGUCUCCACGGGAGAAACUCACUACACGAGCGCACGUUUAUUAGCUGCCUUUGAAACAAAGGAGUCGAGUGUAGGACGCAGAAUGGAAGUUUCAGGGGUUUCACCUAGUUUUUUUAAGCUUCUACUGAAAGAUUAUAUAGCAGAAGUGAAACUUCUUGUUGAUAUUUUCAUUCAAAAUUUUCCAACCUAAAAGUCAUUACUCGAAUAAUAGAGUAUACAGGAAACCCGUUGCCAGGGACUCUCUCCUGGGGCUCGGCUUGUCUGUCUAUUGAGUAUGUGAGAAUCUACACCUUCACUUUGCCUCAUUCCUUAUGCCCUCCCUGAUUUCGCAUUUUUAAAAGCUAGUGUUUCCCUCCUGACACAGAUUCUCUUAUUUUAACAGGACAUCUCAAUGGGAUUUUAGCACACAUGCUGAAAAGUUCAAAUCCAUUUAUUCCCCCAGUAUUUUUCCUUGGCAUAACAAUUUACUUGCUGUGCCAGAUAAACCUUUAUUGUGCAAAAUAACUGAGAAACAUAGGUAAAGAAAAGAUAAGUGUAACUAGAACUAUUUUGCAGGCUUUGGUAUUUAGGGAGGGAGGGAUGGAAAGUGGAGUGAUAACAUUUGAAGACAGAGGCAAGCCUGCUUUGUCCCUGUUGGAUUUUGUUCCUGUGGAAGGAAGCCCAGAACAGACUGCUUCCUUCAGUCUCUUAGGGACCAGGUGCGUCUGUGUCUGUCUCUAAGAUGGUACCAGGGAAGCUCAAUGCUUUGGAAUGUGUCCUUAUGCCCAUAGAGGUACAGAAAGGAAAAAGAGAAAUUAAGUAUGUUAUUGGGGCUUAUAAACCUUACACUUCGUAUUUUAGACAUUUUGCCAAUAAGGAAUGUGUAUCUGGGGAAAUAAAUGUAGGCUGAGUUCCCCCACACCCUUUAAUGUUUUAUUAUUUGUUUCUCCUGCGCUUUUGGGCUUUUUGGGCCAUGUGAAGCUAUAAGGAGAAUCGUAGUUACUCUAAUGUCACUCUUCUGCUAAUAGGAAUCAGGCAAAAUUAAAGCAUACUAGCCUUUUCUGCUCUGUAGGUGUUUUGUAUUGUAAAGACCUUGAAAGGUCAGGUAAAUUGGUCUGCUUGCUGUUGAAAUUUGCCUUCUAGCAAACAUCUGUGCUUUCUCUUUGACCUUGUCUUUGCUGCCAAACCUGCUAUGGUUGAAUUGGAAAACAAAAAAAGGAAGAAAUUAUUUCCUCACCACAUGAACUUAUUCUAAUGCUGCAUCAAAGCUGCCCUGAAGCUGCACUGAACUAUCCUUGUCUCUAUAUCUAUGUUAAGCUUUUUAAAAAAUAAACUCAAAACACUAUUGAGGCAUAUAAGGUCUCCCAUCAGAAAUGUAGCUUAGUGUGGAAUCUUUAAUUCUGUCCAGUUUCAAGUACUACAGAGGAAUGCAAUAGAUAAGACAUAUUUGCUGUUUAUCUAAAGCAACUGUAAUAUUGGAAGACCAGUCCUUCUGUAUUAUAUUGUAAAAUAGUUGUUGUAACACUACUUGCAUGUCUUCAUGGUAAAUUAUAUAAAUAUUUAUAAAUAUAGAGAGACUUAAUGCUUAUAUAAACUCAUUAUUUCUCAUUUUCCAUUUGUAAUUUCAAGAUCACAGAUGGUGAAAUUCCUUUUCUAUUGUGUGCCUCGUGUACACUCUGGCCUUGCCUAUCUUCAUUUUCUAAAAAUAUGUUCUUGGCAUGUGACACCUCAGAGUCUUCUUUCCUUCCUUGUGCAUAGUACAGGGGUUGGCAGACUUUAACAAGCCAAGAUGGGUUAUUUAACUUUCAUUUAAAAAGUUUUUACUAGGGGAAAAAAUCACUGGGAUAUGCUUGUACUACUGGUUUCACAGAUUCAUCAUGUUAACCACAUAGUUCUGUCCUUAGGGUCAGAGUGGAUGAACUAGGAUGAUAAUUAUGGGUCUUAACAUAAAUUGGAUU